AUGCAUCGUCAAAUUACCCCUGGAGGGUACCACUGGAUCUCCAACACCAUCGAGAGCCUCGACCCUGAGAAGGACUAUGAGCUCAUGUGGCGCCUAAUGUCCUGCUACCGUCUCUCGGAUUUUAUGAAUAACCUCGUUUACUCUCUCACUUUUCCCAACUUUGUCAUCACGCCUCACGGAGCUCAGACGGUAUGGCGCUCAGACGGAGGAAAAGUUGUGAAGCGAGGAACACAACGUGUCGAGGACACGGAAAACUUCAACAUGACAUGGUGGCACUACGGGCCAAGUGAUGCUCGCUGUCGCGAGGCGGUGCGCCAGGUCAACAAUAUCCACGCGGCUCUUGCUCGACAAUUCCCGGGCAACUUCUCUGAUAACGAUGACUUUGUGUACGUCAUGACUUUCAGCGCCGUCUUGAUGCAUCGAUUGCGCCUCAGACUGGGCUUGUCGGGUUUCUCGGAGAAAGAAAAAAUCGCAGCUCAUCAUUUCUGGCGGGACAUGACACCUCUCUUCUUCAUGGAGGACGGGUCAACUGUGUCAGGCUACCCUGAUGACUUUGAUGGCUGUAUCGAGUUUUGCGAAACCUACGAAAAUACUCCUCGAGAAUUCGAUGAAAGGGCGCAAUACGUUGGCUUGGCGAUUAUGAAUCAGUUUGCCUUCCGCUACUUUCCACCGGGGCUGCGUUGGCUAGGCGCAUCAUUCCCCAAAGCGCUCUCGCUGCCGACAACGCUCGAGGCUAUGCGAAUAAAGCCUGUGAAUCCGUUGUUGAGGUGGCUGAUUGUUCUUCUGGUUCGAACCUUGAUGUGGUUCGCGGAAGUGUUUCUUCCAGACCCACGAGAAUCAUUCUGGACUACCAUUGAGACUCUGGACGACGAGGGGGCAAAGUCGCGCAAGGAAAGCAUUAGGUCGACUGACCGGGCCUAUUCCAAGUAUAUCCAGAAGAAGAUGAGCGCCCCUGGAUGUCCUUUCCACAAGAAGGCACAGUAA